UCUGCGCUAUGAGGGAUUAUUAUAAUUAUACUAUAUUAUACUAUUAUUAGUCACAUUUCACUUUUUUGGUUUGACCUGAUGGCAAUCUCUCUUGUCUGAAUGCUCAUAACCACAAGUGGUGUUUGAUCUACUGUACAGUCCCAUACGCUUUGAAGUUGACUUUCAGGCCCGGUCAUGACAGACAAUUCAGCCCUCCAAGGAACUCUACUGCUGCGGCUGCUUUUCUCUCUGUAAGCCUGUGAUGUGAGGCAGGGUGUGGCCACGCAGCUCUGUCACCUGCUCAGGUGUAUUCAUGCAUUCUCAGACUCUCUCUGGAUCACUGCAGGUGAAGCUCAGGUUGUUUACUGUAAAGACUUUUUUCUUCACAAAGGAUUAGUUCAUAUUGUGAGCUAUGGAGCGUAUGAAGUUGGUCCUGCAGUACUUCCAGUCCAACUCUGAGUCCAUCUCCAACGGUAUCUGUAUCAUCCUGGCCUUGGUCAGCGUCAAGCUCUACACCAGCUUCGACUUUAACUGCCCGUGCCUCCCUCAGUACAACAAGCUGUACUCUAUGGGGGUGAUGAUCGUCCCGCCCAUCAUAUUUUUUUUCCUGGGGGUCCUGGUCAACCGACACACCGGCGUCAUGAUGGACGAGUGGAUGAGACCCGUUGGGAAGAGAUCCAAGAACCCGGCCGUGGUUAAGUACCUGUUCUCAGCGAUGCUCCAGAGGGCCCUGCUCGCCCCGAUGGUUUGGAUCCUGGUCACUUUGCUGGAUGGAAAGAUCUUCAUCUGUGCCUUCAGUGUUAGUGUAGACCCUGCACUCUUCUCAGGUUGGCCCAACAAUACCGGUCUGGAUGUGAUCAAAGUGAUGGCAAAAGUGCCCUGUAAGGAGGACGUUAUCUUCAGGAACAGCUCCUUCCGCAAAGCAGUCUCUCGUUACGUUCGCUGCUAUUCACAAGCAGUUGGCUGGUCCAUCCUCCUCUUCCUGAUUGUACUGGGCGCAAUGGGACGCCUCAUCAAGCCCUACUUUGACGACCACGCCACCUCCCUGCAGACGCGCUACUGGAGCAACUACCUCGACGUGGAGCAGAAGCUCUUCGACGAGACCUGCGUCCUACACGCUCGCGACUUCGCCCGCAAAUGCGUGGUGCAGUUCUUUGAGGACAUGAGGGAGGACGACGUGCUCCGUCUUCCCCACCCGCUCUUCAUCGCAAACUGCCGAGAGGAGUUCGAGGAUGAAGAAGAGGAGAGACUUCAUGGGGUGUCAAAGCAAGAACAGGUGGACCAGCUGCUCAACAAGUGGUACUACAGUAAACCUGAGCUGGACGUCACCAGGAUAGCCCACAGACCCCGGACGUGUGUUACCUGGGAGGACCGGGACGGGAAGACUUUAUACUCCGAUGUCUAGGACUCACUCAGUGCUGUAUCGCUGCAGGAUGAGUCAUGUCAUGAUGAUCAGUUCACUAACUGUUGUCAGCUCAUUAAAUGUGCGUUAUCAGUCGUUAUCAGCCUCAUAGAUAUGAGUCAGUAGGGGCCUGCUACACCUACUACUUUGUAAAAGUGAAACCCGUUCUUACCAUAGACUGUAUGAAAUGUGGACGUAGUCUCCGUGACGUCACCCGUAGGUCUCUGAAGAGUGGUUGUGAAGCUCAAAGUGGGUUGCUCUGUCCGUCGCCAUCUUGGCAGUGACGACACAGCCUAACUCAUGGCUAAUCCAAAUAAAGAGCAAAGAGGUGGAGUUGAGGCAGACAGCUAGCAGCUAGCGACCUGAGAUGGCACCCAUCUAUCACUCAAAGCGGCCUCGCCCUCAUUAUGUCGACCUUUAAGCCUUAAUAUAAUUUAAACGGGUGAGUUACAUAGAAAUUCAGCCCCGUACAGUUGUCAUGAACGGAGAUACUAGCUAUAGCGACCGAAACCUUAUUUUUGUACCAGGCUGGAAACGUGUUUAUUUCUGCUGUAAAGUUAUCCAUUUUAACAUGGGGAGGGAGGGGGUCUAUGGUGAUUGACUCCCUUUUGGAGUCAUCACAGGACCUAAUCAUGAACUUUCAGUCAGGUGAUGGCAGGCGGUUCUACAUGGGUGGAGAUGGUAACCUCGUCUCUGUUCAAAGAUGGCCUCUGGUUUCAGAUAUGAAUGACCUCAUCAUGAGCUUAUACGCUAUAACUGACAGCUGUGAUUGAGGUCUCUGACUUGAUUCUUUUGUGUUCUGGACUACUACUAAAUAGUUGCUCUUAGGGGCAAACCAUGUUGCAAGCCUGAUUUGACUGUUAGGGUGCGUUCUGGCUGGUUUUGCAUACAGGUUGUUGACGUGGAGCUCACCCACAUGGAUUGAUGGAAACAUGCAAAUGGACAUUCGGAAAUAAAUAACUUUCACACAAAGACUCUACUUCUUUUUAUAUAGUUUUCAUUAAAGGGGA